CCAUGGCGACGCUGUCCGGUCUUUCGCGGCUCACUCGCCUUCGACCCCGACCCCGGUUUGGAACCCCUCGCCCUGCCUCGGACUCGGCUGCUCUCCCCGGUGGCCGCAGCAUGGGGCUGCUCUACCCAGACCACAUCCCCACCAGCCCACUGCAGAAGAUGCUGCUGGCGGCCGGUGCCGCCUGCAUGGCGCUCUACGACCCCUACCGCCAUGACAUGGUUGCUGUUUUGGGUGAGACCACAGGACACCAAGCUCUGCAGGCUCUCAGGGACCGGAUGAGAAGGGAUCCCGAGGGUGCCCAGAUUCUGCAGGAACGGCCUCGGAUUCAGCUUUCUACCCUGAACUUGAACAAACUCCGGACACUUCCAGAGGGCUCCUUUGGCAGGGAAUAUGUCCACUUUCUUGAUGUUAAUAGGGUCUCCCCAGACACACGAGCCCCCACCCGCUUUGUGGAUGAUGAGGAACUGGCAUAUGUGAUCCAGCGUUAUCGUGAGGUUCAUGAUCUACUCCACACCCUUUUGGGAAUGCCCACCACCAUACUUGGAGAAAUUGUGGUCAAGUGGUUUGAAGCUAUCCAGACAGGCCUGCCCAUGUGUGCCCUAGGAGCUGCCUUUGGACCCCUCCGUCUCAGUGCCAAAAAGUUGAAAGUGUUGGUGUCAGACCUGAUUCCCUGGGCAGUUCAGAAUGGUCAAAACUCCCGAUGUGUCCUCAACCUCUACUAUGAACAACGGUGGGAGCAGCCCAUAAGAGCCCUUCGGGAGGAGCUAGGCAUCACUCCACCCCCUACUGUGCACACAGGCCUUACUAAAUCCUUAAAGCUCUGAGCCAGCAAGUUCAUGCCAUCCCAACUCCUGUCCACUGGGUAAAGGGCUUCCUUGCCUAAAACCUUUGCACUCUCUACCCAAGGACAUCUAGCCCCAGAUAAGGAGAUGAUGAGAGUUCAACUAAAUGAUCAUAAAAGGAUAUGUGUGUUCCUUUAUUCUGUUGAUUUAGGAACACAGGAAACCAUGGCUCCAUGAAUUGAUUUAAUUCUCUAAUCACUCUGCUUCCCCCUGAAAGAAUUAUUUCUCCUUCAUUAUACCUCUACCAUUAUGUCAUCCUUUUCUCUCCCUUUCCCUUCAAGUUCAGGAAUCUUUUCGGGAAUAUUGGCCAGGAUACCAGGAUAUCAACUUUUUGGAUCUAGAAGAGGUGUAAGAAGAGAUUGGUUCCAUAAUCUGAAUAAAGCCCUCUUUUGGAUGCAGA